ACCUUACAUUUUAAGCGCGGAUAAUUUGACCGUGUUUCGGCGAAGCGCGCAUAGCUUGACCGCAGUGAAGAAAGUCAGCAAGGGACAAAAUUUUCGACUAAAGCGUUUAAAAUUUGAACACAACCAUGUUAAGCAUGAUCCCGAUUGUGCUCAUAAUAUUUCUGUUGGGUGAGAUCACUUCUGUUGCUAAGUCACCGAAGAAACAACCACGUACCCGUCAGUGUUCUGAUUUACCAGAGGAAAUCUUGGAACAAACAUUUGGACGUCUUUCGGCUGGUGUCCUAAGUGCAUUCCACCAUACGCUGCAACUGUCUCCACUGGAGAGAGAGAAUUUAACCUGUCCAUCAGCAGGUCACCCGAUGCCAAGGAAAAAUUCCAGCCUCCCAAUUAAUGUUGUUAGCAUUUCUCCAUGGGCUUACAGGAUAUCGCAUGAUCUUACGAGAUACCCCCGGCUCAUCCCUGAGGCCUACUGCUUGUGUAAAGGUUGCCUGACUCGUCCGUUUGGGGAGGAGAGCCACUUAUACCGGAGUAUGCCAAUCUACAUGCCAUUUGUCAUCUUGCGCCGUACAACUUCCUGCUCAGGAGGUCACUAUUCUUACACUGAGAGCUAUGUUUCCAUCCCUGUGGGUUGCACCUGUGUUCCCUUACAGGACAAGAAUGGCUAUACUAGUGACCAAAACCUGAAGAUAGCAGACUUGGAAACCAAGGUUGACAAAUCUAACAAACAUUUAUAACUAAAAAACAAAACCUGAAAUAUGAAUGUGCAACAGUCUGUUUAAACAGAGAAUAGAAGUUAAACUUUCUAAAAGAGUACAUUUCUGACAACAGUUUUGAAUAAAUUCAUAUUGAAUAUUUAAUUAGACCAACUGUUUAGGCAAACUGUGCAGUAUAACAUCUAUAUGUCCAACUGUUUUUGUAUAUUCAAGUCAUAUUUUGGAUGUAAUGACUAUGAAUAUAUCCACUUUCCGAAAUGGUGUUUAUUAUGUGUUUCGGCAUAUUAAGGGUUGUCUCUAUUUCAAUUACUAUUUUGCUAUCUGGAUAUUAAGCUUUGAGUAAAAGUUCUUUUUUGCCCAGCAGACAAUAAAACACUAUCCAAAGGGA